AUGUCACUUCAAAUGUUACGAUAUCGACCUCGACGUCCUUUUUGGCAACUUCCUCAACAUCGUUUACCAGUUUUAUCCCUUUAUAAAACUUUACUAAAAUUAUCCAAAACAUUUUCCAAUGAUAUUCACAGGAAGUAUUUAUAUUUUGCUAUUCGAGAAAAUUUUAGAUUUAAGCGUUACGAAACUUCGGUGGCGUCAACUAUCAAGCAUUUAAAAGAAGCAAAAGAAUGUCGGAUUACUUUACAAAAAGCAUUGCAAGGUGAUAAAGAAUCCUUUCAACAUAUUGAUGACUUGGCAUGGGGUAGGAAAGGUAGGCUCAAAGAAGUACUGGAAGUA